GUUCAAUGAUUAGUAAAGGGAGGAUACACUAUUGCUGAAAAUCCCACGACCAAUUCAAAAUCAUUAUCACCACCGUUAUCACCGAUCAUUUUUAUAUAAGUAUUAACCAAAACCUUAAACUGAAUAUACAACUCUGUGGGUAAAAUAGAUUUGACCAUAUCAACUAUAAAAAGAACGAAUGAUCAUAAACUGCAGUCCCCCUGGAAAAUACUUAUCAUUCUAAAAUCAUGACUUUAAACCAUGAUGAUCAUAUUCAGCAUCUUCGACAUACUGUCAAGGUAGCUAAACGUGCCAUGUCUAUGGGUCGCCAUCCAUUUGGAGCCAUCCUUGUUGGACCGGAUAAUCAAGUGAUUGCUGAACAAGGAAACAUUGAUACUUUAAAUCAUGCUGAAAGUACUCUUUGUAGAACUGCUUAUUCUAAUUACCCUAUAGAUUAUUUACAAAAAUGUACGUUGUAUACAUCAUUUGAACCUUGUGCCAUGUGCUCUGGAAGUUGUUAUUGGGCAGGUAUUGGUACUAUUGUGUAUGGUAUGUCAGAAAAAAGACUACUUGAAUUAACAGGUAAUAAUGAUAAAAAUCCUACAAUGUCACUUCCUUGUCGUGAUGUUUUUUCUGCGGGUCAACGACAAGUUCAAGUAAUAGGUCCUUUUCCUGAACUUGAACAAGAAAUAGUGAAGGAUCACUUGAAUUUUUGGUAG